CAACAUAUGUUUGCCCCACUUACCAAUCAAAAAACCCUAAUUCCCAAUUUCGUUCCGUCUCUUUUUGAAGUGAUCGCUUCUUUCUUCCCCUGGUCUCGUUAGUUCCAAGGUAGGAAAAUCUUCAAAAUGGCCGCUCAAGGUAAUUUUGAGAAAGAACAGAUCUUUGGAAUGGCAGAGAAAGAGAUGGAGUACAGGGUAGAGCUUUUCAACAAGCUCACUCACACUUGCUUUGACAAAUGUGUCGAGAAAAAAUAUAAAGAAUCUGAGCUCAAUAUGGGUGAGAACAGUUGUAUUGAUCGCUGCGUUUCAAAAUAUUGGCAGGUAACAAACUUGGUUGGGCAGCUGCUUGGUAACAAUAACAGGCCAAUGUGAAGCAUGGGUCCUGUUCUCCUGUUUACCAAACUAACCUGCAGCCAUGAAUUGCAAUAAAUUAAGCAGAGCAUGUAACUUACGGGGAAGGGAAUUUGUUGCCCUUUAUAGGAUGAGGGAGAAUGUAAAAAUGCAUUACAUGCGGCAAACUUUUUUGUGUUGGAUAUUCAAUUAUGUACACCUUUUAUUUGCACAAGGGAAUAGCUGAGUAACUCACUUUAAUUUGUUUGGUGCAUUGAUAAUUCAGUCAAUUGGAACUUUUGGUAUUCACU